AGAGAGAGGGAAAGACGAAAAUGGACAAAGGAAGGAAGGAAGGAAGAGACAAAACACAACAAAGACAAAGAACAUACAGCUGAUAAACUCAUCUAUGCAAUCACCUUUUUGUCAGCAACAUGUCGUUUUCAGAUCAGCAGAGAUGUAGGAUGUGUGCCCGUUACCAGUCUUUCUAAGAGGGUACAUUCCCCCUGGGUAGAAAGCUGACUCCAGUGUGGAGCUACCUUUUCCAAGCACGCUUCUGGGAAUUGGGCUUUGGGUAGAAAAAGAAAUUACAUACACUUUAUCAUCAGUAUUUCUGUCAAGUAGAAAUUAGAACUACCUAAAAAUUGGUUACGUUUUUAAAUGAAAUUAUAAGUGUUGGGAAAUAAUGGGUUCUUGAGUGUUCAGUCUUUGAAAAUCUCCAAACAGGUUCUUGACCUGGUGCUGUCAGACAAAAUCUGUAUCAUGCCAGUUGCAAUGCAAUGAUCCCUGCUGCAGAUAGUGGAUGACAGUGUUCUGAGCUGUUGUACUGCAAAGAGAACCAACAGUCAAAGGUCAGCUGGAAGGCCUCCCAAUAAAACAGUACAAACCACUGAACAGUCAGGCGCUAAGGAAAGACACAGGAUAUGUUUUUGACAUUACUUUCACACACUAUUGCAUGCCAGAUCAUUUUUAGGGCCAUGAUUUUUUUAUGUUGGCAGUUUCGCAAGCAGUUUGGAAAUGUCUUCAGUCUCCAGAACUGCUGGACCAAUGUGGUAGUGCUGAAUGGGUACAAAACUGUGAAGGAAGCCCUGGUCAACAAAUCAGAGGACUUUGCCGACCGCCCAUACUUCCCAGGAUAUGAACAUCUGGGCUAUGGACAUAAAUCUGAAGGCAGGUCUUUUGCAAACAUACAUUUCCCACAGGCACUAGCACAAGGAGGACUGGCUAGACGAUGUGUAGACAGAUUUGCAUUUGUAGGUCGGCCUUUUGAUCUGCAUCUUCUUGUAAAUAAUGCAGUCAUCAAUCUGAUCUGUAUCAUCACCUAUGGAGAGCGUUUCGAGUAUGGUGAUGAGACAUUCAAGAAGCUGUUAACUUUGUUCGAAAACUCCCUGAAUGAAGAAGUUGGACUCCUGCCUGAGCUUCUUCAUGUGGCACCCAUUUUGUUGCGCAUCCCUGGACUGCCACAGAAGAUCUUUCGAUGCCAAAAGGAAUACAUCGACUUCACAGAAAUGCUCAUAGAUAAGCACAAGGAGACCUGGAACCCUGCUUACACCCGAGACUUCACUGAUGCAUUUUUAAAGGAAAUGACAAAGGGUAAGGAGGCUGAAGAGAAUGGUUUCAAUAAAAGCAAUCUUACCAUGGUGACCUCAGACUUGCUUGCAGCUGGUUCUCAGACCACAUCCACCACCCUCCGAUGGGCGUUCCUGUUCAUGCUUUUGUACCCAGAAAUACAGAGUAAGUGAGAGGACAAGUGGAGGUGUGCUAUGUUCCUCAGAACACUCAUUUCACUGCAAGGACACUGCACAUCUCUCCAUAUUUUGGGCUUUCUGCAAAAAGAAACAGCCUUGGGAAUUGUGGGUCUGGGAGAAACCAGGAGAAACGCUUCCCCACAUACAGCUGUUAUAGCACAGCUUAGCAAGACUGGUAGGGAACCAGCUGAAAUUACUGGAGUUGGAAGAGAAUUCCAAGGCCAGUUCCCUCCUACUGAAGGCUGCUGGGGGACUUCCAGUGGCCAUGGUGCCAUCCUUCCUGUAUUAGACACUAAGAUGUUUUAAUUCUCAAACACUGCAUUGUACAAGUACAGUUUCAGUCACAUAGAGGAGGGGUAAGGUAGAAUGUCAGAUAAGAGGAAUUUCAUUAAAGGCAGUGUGCUCAACUAAUAAUUAUAGAGAUCUUUCUGAACAACUGAAAAAGUAUA